GCGAGAGAUCGCCCAUCCACUCCAUUCCUUCGCAUUUUCGUCGGCAUGGGUGCUGUUAACGGUCCUGCACCGCCUCCGUCUGCCGUCCGCCACCUCCACUCCGCCUCCUGGUCUCCGUCGUCGCUCCCUAUUCGUUGCUCCUCUUUAGGGCUUCCACGACGACCCUUCCUCUUCCUUCUUCGCUCUCCGCGGCGGCUGGGGAACAAUCGGGUCCGCUGCUCCGCUGAACGCCAUGCUCUCUUUAACCGCAUCGCUCCCGUCUACGACAACCUCAAUGACAUGCUGAGCCUGGGACAGCAUCGCUCCUGGAAAAGGAUGUGCGUCUCCUGGAGCGGGGCGAAACGAGGGAAUCGGGUUCUUGAUUUGUGCUGCGGGAGCGGCGAUCUGGUAUUUUUUCUCUCCCAGAAAGUCGGAACCGAAGGAGAGGUUUAUGGUCUUGAUUUCUCAAGAGAGCAACUGUCCAUUGCUUCCAGACGUGAAGACCUAUAUUGGAAAGCCUGCUACAAGAACAUUGAGUGGAUUGAAGGUGAUGCACUUGACCUUCCCUUUUCAGAUGGCUACUUCGAUGCUAUUACCAUUGGGUAUGGAUUGCGUAAUCUGAUUGAUAGACAAAAAGCUAUGCGUGAGAUCUUUCGGGUUCUGAAACCAGGUUCAAAAGUAUCCAUUUUAGAUUUUAAUAAGAGCACAUCAUCUCUUGUAAACAUGUUGCAGGAAUGGAUAAUAGACAAUGUUGUUGUUCCUACUGCAAGUGAAUAUGGCCUUUCACAAGAGUACAAAUAUUUGAAAACAUCAAUCGAUGAAUUCUUAACAGGAAAAGAAUUAGAGAAGCUGGCAAAGGAAGUGGGAUUUUCCAAAGCAGAACACUACGAAAUUGGUGGUGGUUUCAUGGGGAACCUAGUGGCAACUCGAUAGCAGACAAUUUCUUCGUGCAAACUGAAUUGACGUGUUUUAUCAGAGAGUAUCUGAAAUGGAACCACCAUAUUAGGUGGAGCUUUGAUGCAGAUGUUUCCUGGCACCUAGCUUGCAGAAGAUUCUAUUCUCACGGGAUUCAUGGUUAUCCUUGUCAACCACUCAUUUAUUUCAGCAACUGCUCCUCCAGUUCUGAGUUUCCAAAGUUAAUCUUCCAAGUGUUGUUAGAUAGCAAAGCAAAAAAGUUAUUUCCCGUUUCCUGCUUAGAUACAGAGAGUGAGGUCCUUCCGAUCCUAGAAAAGAAAAUUAAAGUCUGCAACUCGAUCGUCAACGUUUUUCUAACUACAUCCUUCACGUCAUAGAUUGGUGAUCACCACUUGUGCUGCC